AUGACCAUUUUCCGCGGGUAUCUACCUGCGCUUGCGGGGCGGCCGUCCUGCUUGCUUGCUGCAAUAUACCGGGCCGUGCUUAUGGCUGUCAAACAGGAAGGGUUGACGCUGGAUAUCCGGGAUGUGAUCACCGAGAAGGAACGGGCAGAGCGCGACCCGGCUGUUAUCUACUGGCACAAGGCGUUGCUUGAUGGUAUGACUUUGCGAACGGUGGACUUGACAGAUCUCCAGCAAUGCUUUUUAGAGAAACCCGUCAGAUCAGGGGCCGGAGUUGCCUCUUACAUUAAGGACAUAUAUGGCAAGCUGCCCUCUAUGCUUAUAAGCAGGCUUUUCAAGCAAUCUAUCAAGUGCACCUGUGGAGCCCAGGCGAGCACGACGUUUCCCAUCUGCGUUCCUACACCGUCAGCUGGGCCUCGCCUCACUGAGUUCCUUGAAGAAGCAGCGACAGUAUGUCCACUCUGCCGAAGAAAAGAUACCGUACUAUCCAGCAGCAUCCCUGUCCUUAUAUUCUUAGUCAGCCAAGAAGGGUGUCUCAGAACAGGCAACGAGUCAAACAGAGCCUUUGUGUUUGAAGGUUUAGAAUACCUAACAAUCGGGGUUAUCUUUGCAGCGCAAAGUAAUGGCCCCUCUGAGACUCUAUCUCUGCGCGCUGGAGUUGUAAGCCCUCUGUCUGGUGAGGUAGAAAUGUUUGCAGCAGACGGAAAAGUUAGUCAGCAUGAUACGGAGCAGUUCAGACUAUGGCUUGACGGUGCGCAAGGAGAGAUAGAGGGCCUUAUCUGCAUAGGGCUUGUUCUUCUCAACAAGAGACCUGAAGGUACAAGAUACGUACAGAAAAGAAAGAGCAAGAGGAAACCAGCUCGACGUAAAAGCCGUAUUGAUGCACUUCCUCACACCCAGAGCACUUCAAAGCAUAGUAGCUACACUGAGGACUCAGGCUAUCAAUACUCAUAUAGUGAUUUCAGCAGCCGGAGUAGUGUAUCAUCUGAUCGAGGACUCAGAAGAAGUUCUAGAGGAGAACAAAAAGAUCGGAAGGCAAUGGUCAAAGACGACAACCGGAGCAGACUUGCGGCUCGCAGUGGAAGCUCACCGUCUGAGACUACAGAAGGCUAUCAAGUCGCAGCUGUUCGAGUCAAUAGAGACGACGGGCUUUACUAUCCAUCCCGAGCAUCUCCACAAAAAUGCACAUGCUGUGGCCCCGCUACAAUAACGGCUCUUUGGAUUGUGAUAACUGUUACUGGAUGCGUAACGCUGAUUAAUCUUAUCUUAGUGUGCAUUCUCUUCAGCCAGUUGCGCUAG